AGUGCCCCGCAUCCCGGAAGUCCAGCAUCAUCUGCUCCUUCAGGAAGAGACGCAGCAUCGUCAGAGCUGUGACAACAACGGGGACAGAGGCAAAACAUCGGCCUGACUGGCAGAAAUCCUGUCUAAAUCGCAAGUGGAAUUCAUAUGAAACGGGUACUCUUUCUAUUUCAAGCCAGAUGGGCGCCUGUAAUCUUCUUGUCUUGUGUCAGCAAGCUAGCUUAUCGACAGGGAUAAUGUUUAGCUAGCACAUGACUUGACACGACAUGGCCUGAGCACGAGCUAAUGUUAGCUGCGUAGCAACCGUAAAUAAGAUUAUCCUGAGAGCAGCUGAAACACAUUUAAAAGAUCAAGUAUACUUUAGCUGUACAGGGAAACAACUGCUAAAAGUUGGUCGCUGUAUCUUGAAGCGUGUAGGAAGUGUUGUUUGCUUGUCAGGACUUUGAUUAAGAGCAAUAGCUAUCUGACUAAUGAAGCACAUAUAUCUGCAGUUUAGUCAGCUCUGUUUGCUUUAUAUUGAGGGUAAAGACACUUGAAUACAAUGAUCAACACCCAUUUGUACUGUCAGGAAUCAGAAACAGAAAUCACACUUAUUAAGCAUGCACACAACAUAGGCUACAUCAGACAUACCAAACAGGGGUGUGUCCAGAGAGGUGGCUGAGGGUGGCAUAGGCCCAUGGUGCCACCCAAAAACCACAACAAUAUGAUUGUCUGUACGCCUUUCAGAGGUGAUGUAAAUACGCUACAGCUAGUAGCUGUAUUUGUAUUAUAAUUUAGCACAUUUAAAUCGUACCUGUAGAUACCUUUUGUUGUUGUUUAUGUUAAUAAAACACGCAUUGCCAUUUUGUUGUAUUACUUUCCAGAGUCAAAAUUUGAUAUGCAGAAACACAAUUUGUAUCAAUGUUACAAGAACAAAGUUGCUAUAAGUAGUUUAGCUGGUGAGGCUAAAGGCUGCUUUUCUUCCAAGUGUAAUCAGGCACUGAAAAGCAUAAAGAAAAUAAAACAAACUUCACAAUCAUAGUGCAGAUGAAUGCUUACAUUUACACACACACUUAAGGUCCUUUCACACUGGGACAGUUUUUUUUCGUGCGAUUAUUUCAGACAACAAUAUAUUUUUUUUCUAACCCGUAUUCUGUCAAUACAAGAGUUCACAUCAGCGAUGGUUCCCCGUCCUGCGAUAUUGCGGCAUUUAUUUUCUCGGAUCAUAGUCGACUUUUCUAAAGUUUCGCAUACUGUGUGUCCACUUCUGACCAAUCAGAUUGCGUGUUGUUGCGAUGUCUGAUUCACCGGUAUAUCCAACAUGGCUGACCGGCUGAUUGUUUACGUGUCGGAGAACAGAAUGCUUUUUGAUAAAAGAAGCAAACAUUACAAAGAUAACGACCUGAAGGACAACUUGUGGAGAGUCAUAGCGUCGGAUCUCUCAUAUGACGAUGUUCUGUGUGCUUUAACAGUUUUUUAACGUCUUUGUUUUAACUUUCAUCUGUGCUAAAAGUAUGCUAACAGUUGUUACCAUAGUUUCAUUUGCUUAUCUUAUUGCCUCUGAUUGGCUAUAAGUGCUGACCAUUUGGCUUGAGCGUGUGAUGACGUUUCCAGCUUUUCUAGCCAAUCAGAGGCGAAGGAGGCGGGACUUUCCCCAGGAAAAUUCUUCCCCGGGAUGCGUCUUUUUUCCCCCCGGAAAGUUGCAAAAUCGCAUGGGGCUUGAUGUGUAUAGACAGGCGUGUAAAAAUUCAUCUCUGAAUAUUUCGUAAUUUUACACAUUCUGUAUUCGCGUCGGCCCCGGUGUGUAAGGACCUUUAAUGUGGCUGUUCAUAUGCUGUUUAUACUUUUUGAGUCUAGGUUUUGUGUUUUCUUUGAAAAGUCAGACAGUAACAUUAACAUUUGUGAUGCACCUUUUAUAAGUAACACUUGGACCUGUGAUGGACCUUGCAUGAGCAGCAAGCAUCUUCUGCAUAGAGAAAGACCUGAGGAAAUGAAAACCUUCACUGGACUUUGAUCUAAUUCUAGAAACAGCUAAAAACCCUCAAUAUAAUAACCUGAUGGAUUGAAUGAUGCUUUAGUGUCUGAGUAGGUCAGAAAUAUACUAAUCAUUGAGUGCUUUAUGGGCUUUUAAUAGGAUUUUAAAGUGAUUUUGAAUGGAGUAGGGAUCCAGUGAAGUCUUUUGAGGAUGUGAAUGAUGUGUUCAGUCCUUCUUUCACACAUCAGGACACUGACUGCUGCAAGGCGAGAUUUUUGAAUAUCCCUACAUAAAGAGUAUUGCUCUUACACACUCUAAUUUUGUUUUCUAGUGGUAAAAAGCUGUUCUAAUAUUGGAAACAACAUUUUCAAAGCCAAUGUCCAAAUUUGAAACAAAAGACAUGUAACAUGAAAUCAUGUGUUGUUUUGGUUGUACUUGUUUAGGAAAAGAUGACAGUCACUGCUCACAUGCAAACAGCUACGUCACCAAAGGUUCAGCAUGGUACUGAGUCACAAUGACACAGUAUCACAGAAAUUACAAGCUGGUUAAACAGAUUACAAAUAUUUUUAUAAGUGUUGUCCUGAAAUGCUGGUCAUGUAUUGUGUCCAAGCUGUAACACAGUCGCCUGUUUCUAACCGGAAUUGUAGCUAAAGAUGACGAUGAUGACUACUGAAAUGCUUCAGUUUAUUGCUAUCAGGAUGCAAACAGACAGAGAACAGAUUGCAUAUUGUGGCUCUACAGAGUUGGGCUAUAUUUUGAUCAAGGUUAUGGUUUUAGUGUUAUAUGUAGGCUGUGUUUAGUCUUACUGGCAUAGAACUACUCAGUCAGAAAUCACUAAAUAAAGACUGGAUGUUAUAUAGGGGUGGUAGUUUACGAUACAGGACGGGAUGUGAAGCAAUACCAUUGGAUAAAAUGCAAUAUAAUGUGUCAAACAGGAUAUGAUGCAAUAUAAUUUGUUACAAUAUGAUACCUGAUACAUUAGCCUUAUACCUGCCUACUUAUGCAUCCCCAUACCAGCGUGGAUUCUGAUGUUUGAAUUUUAUUUCAUCUGAAAUGGCUUGGGCCAAGUAGUAGCUGAGUUUUGUAUAAUACUGUUUUAACCUGCAUUUAAGUAGGCAGUGAUAAACUUUGUUUCAUGACAGUGGUUUUUGGAUACACUUUUCAGUCAAUGCAAUGAUUGCCAUCACAGAGUAAUUCCUGUUUUUAAUGCUGUGCUGACUGAGAGUUUAAAGACCAUUGCCAGUGUUGUUUUUCAGUGUUUCUCUGUACAGACUCCAGGCACUUUAGAUGGUGAGAUCCCCAAAUUCUUUGGACUUUUAUGUUUAGGAGUUUUAAUCUGGAACUGUUGAACAAUACAUGAAGUCUCUGGUAGAGUAAUGAACCUUUUCCCAUCUUUACCUUCAGGAGACUCCACCUCUCUGGAAUGCUCUUUUUAGACCCAGUCAUGUUACUAACCUAUUGAAUUUUAUAUGACGCUGUAUCUACUGUUGUAUUAAGAUUUUUUCCCACCCUUAAUAUUGUCUGUCUUUUUAUGCCACUUCCCAACAUUGUUACUGCCUAGAAAUAGCCCAAGGUUCCAAGAUUUUGACUCACAGUAUUUCACUUGUUAUGUCGUGCUUUCCCACCAUGGCUAGUUAAUUAACUCUUAAGAGUACAGUCUUAGAGUUUCCAUAUGAGCAAAGAAUACAAUACCACACACACUAAAAAAAUUCAUAUGACACUCACACUUCAACACACGCUUUAAAAAUAGUGCCUUGGAGGAGAAAUGGUUAGAUUUGAAAUCACACCCUCGUGAAGCUCAUAGGUCAUCUCUUACAUAUUUUCCCAGGAUGAGUGCCAACUGAAGACAGUGUACCAGUUGAGCGAUAGCAUUAGCUUGUAGGCUUAAGUUGUAAACAGACGUUUCUUUGUUCAGUAGAUGUUGCAGACAGAUUUCAAGGAAUAAUAAUAAUAAAAAUGGACUGCGGCACUGUGUCUAUUUGAAGACAGGACAAUUUUAUUUAUACUGCUCAGAACCAGUAAGGUGCUGAAGGACUUUAAAAUCAUUACAGCACACAGCGGCCUCUAUCCUAAGACCUACAUUUUAAAUAAUGAGGUAAAACGUCCUACUAAAAACUGGAUAAAUGCUAUCUGCUCCCUGUGAGCUUUUCCUUGUAUUUUGUCCUUGUAUAAUCUUGUGUUCUCAAGCUAAUUUAUGAGAUAGCUUGAGAAAUUGUCUCUGUGUUUUGUGUUGGUAUGAUCGAAAAAAAGGCAUUCCAUUCCUUCACAUGACUGCUUUUAACUUCUGCCUUUUGCUUGUCUCUCUUGCAGACCAAUGAAGUGACCAACAGGAUACAAUGUCAUCGUUCCAGGUGGUGGACUCCUCGCCGGGCAGCAGCGUCAGCGUGAUGGAAACGUCCAACUUUGCCCACGUCAUCUUCCAGAAUGUGGGUAAAAGUUUCCUGCCCCAGGCACCCCUUGAGUGUCGCUACACCCUGACUCCUUACAUCACCCCUCACCCAAAAGACUGGGUGGGCAUCUUUAAGGUACAUCACACACGCAGCAGCUGCUUCAAAUACAUUGUAGAGCAUGAUCAAUCACAGGUCAGACCUUUACUUAUCAGAAUCAGAGAUAGAUUUCAAGAUUGGAGUAAUUAUCAGCCCAUUCCACAUGUGUUUGUGACAUGGAUUAUGUGUUUUGGUUUCAUAAAUUGGCCAUAGCUUUGUUAGUUGGCACAUUAACACAUACAUCAUUCCUGCACACUAAUGGUUCAGCUCUUCACUACUUGCCUGAUGCGUCACCACAGGCUUUGGUGUGGUUGCCCUGCAUGUAGAAAGAGGAAGAGUGUACACGGUGGGCUGGUUGCAGUUGGUCUUGCUGGGGGGCAAACAUUUGGUGCUCUUAAUGAACCAAUCUGAUUCUUAUUAGGACCACUGCUCCCCCCUCUGUCUUUCCAUCAGUCUUCUCUCUGCUUCCUGCUAACCAACCUCAGCUCCGCUCUUUCAUCGAGGCCAUCAAAUCUCACACAUAAUUAACAGGAAAUGUCGACUAGGAAACUUAACGUCUUGUAAAGUUGAAAAGACAAACAUUUUAUUGUUGUCAGAGAACCGACUUCAAAUCCACCAGCUCAAUUAAACAGGAAUAAAGAUGCCGUGUUUAUGUGGAAAAAAAAGUCAAUUGGAAAAUGUAAUUGUUAAUCCCACUAAUGAAACGUGUUUGAUGUUCUGUGCUUCAUGUCAGCGAAGUCGCAGACCGUGCCUCUUUAACACUUUUGCCACACAAGUCUAUCUGUCUGAUAUAUCUACGUGUUUAAUUCUGUACAGUCAGACAAAUAUUUGCGUCUUUGUUUUAUUUACAGUUAAUAAUUAACUCAGGAUGAUUGCUUCUUCUCCUCAGCGAAUUAAUCGAUCAAUCAAUCAAUCUUUAUUGGUAUAGCACCAAUCCACAGCAGGAGGAGACGCUCAACAAGAAAAGACAAUACUCUGUUAAGAAGUCUGCAGUAUAUUUCCAACUGCUUUUAAGAGUAAUUAUUGUCCAUUUGAUCAUAAUAGGGCUUUAAAUCAUGCCAGCAUGAAGGGCUAAUAGAUCUUGUGUUUGCUCUUGUGUUUGACUAGUGUCUGGGAGUCUGAUGUAAAAACCAACAGAAGGGUGGAGUGACAAAAAUGAUUGAUUAAAUUUGACGUCCUCACUGAGCACCGAUAAUCAUCAUUGAUGAGUCGUUUUGCCGCCCAGAGGGCAAAGCCUUUGUGUAGAGAUGACUCAGGAAGAGAGCAUUCUCCCCCCUUCUUCCCGCUCACAUCUGAAGGCGUUACCUGUUUCAGAAAAAGAGAGAGAGAGACAGACUUCUGAUCAGGAUGACUCAGACUGCACAGACAGGACCUGCUCACUUGAGCUGUGUACAGACACCCCCUAGUGGUUGAAAAUGUUCAUAGUCCAAAGAGAAGGGCCCUGGUAUCAUAAACUGGGUCCUGCAUGGUGAUGCAGGGGCACAUCCAUGCAAUGUAUACACAGUAAACAUCAACAGUUUACACUCUAAUCAAGCCGUGCACGUUUUGUUUUGCUGUCCACCAUCAUGACGAAUUUCAUCACUAAUGAAUUAAACAUAUUUGCUGAUCUUUAUUUGUCGGGUAAGUGCAUGAUAUAGUUUGUUUGAGUUGGAUUUUUGACACACGCAAGCACACACAUACACAACUCCCUGAAAAGCCCUGUGGAGGUUUUCGGUUGUGGCAUGUUUGUUGGGUCGGCAGGGAGAAACCCGUUGUGUAAGUGUAUAAUUAAGGUGUCAUCGCGCUGUUCCCUCACACCUCGGCUGAAUGAUUGAUAGCUGCUUUGCCUGUGAUUAUUUUAUAACAUCACUCCCGUGUUGGAAUGCCACACCAUACCUAACCAAAUGUCAGUCACCUUCACUCUGCAAUUAGCAAAAUUAUUUAUGUCUGUUCUUUCUUAAGCAAACACACGUGAGCACACAAGCAAACCUGGCGGGAGUCCACGGCAGCCUCGCUUCACACUGAGAUGCUGCUGGAUGUGGAAAGAAUGUUCUUGGCCUGGGUUUUCUCUCUGACAAUUACUAGUUGUUUGGAAUAGCAUUAUACUCAGUGUAAUGGCUUGAUGAGGCAAACACUACAAUUAGAUGUCAUGCAACGACGUUAUCAAACCUGAAGUUUUGACAAUUGUUUGAGUAGUUUGGUUGAUUUAUUGUUAGGGCUUGACAGUGCUUUGUCGUGUUUUAGGAGAAUCUUAUUCUUCUCUCCUCCUGCUUUUUUUUCUUUUGUUCUUUUUUCCCCCCUUUAAUUAACUUAAUCAUUAGUUUGAAUUAUAUUUAUGUAAAUUUCUAACUUCAAAACAUUUACAGGCGUGUUAUAGUUUAGUCUGUAAAGGUUAUGGCUCUUUUAGAAUUAACAAAAGCAAGUUACCCCUCCCAGUCUGUUUAUGCAUCCUUUAAUUUCCUGUACAGCUGAGAAACUGAGUGUCUUUACAGUAAUGACAUAUGAUAAUUAAGCACCAGCUAUCCACAAGAGCAACUUUCUCCCCUAUAAGAAUAAGAAUGAGAAUAACUUUAUUUAUCCCUGAAGGGAAAUUCAAUAUCUUCAUCACUUUUCACCCUUUUUUUAAGCGUAAGGAAGUCCAACAGUACCACAGGUGGUGGAGUUUUCUGCAGCUGAAGUCCAGUUAUGUAAUGCCUCAAACAUGUAUCACACAUGUGAGUUGAAACGAGGUGUGUGUAUGUGCAGAAACGGCCCAAGCAGAGAGAGUGUGUGGUUGUUCCUGUGACAGAUUUACGACGCAGGACCUGAGUUAUGAUGUUCACAACUCGCUUUCAUCAUCUGUCACCUAACAACACAUGAAAUCCAUGGAAUUACAUCUCCCUUGCCAUUUUGUGUAAAAUUUUCACCUUUUUCUUCUUCGUUCUUCUACGUUUUUCCUCCUCCCUUCUUCUCAUUUCUACUCUGGGUUGUUCUCCGCCAUCUCACGAGUCUGUGCAUGUGUGUAUACACACGCAAAGCCACAUUCACCCCAAGCUGUCCCACCCCAUUCUCACACCUUCACUACCCCUCUUUAGUGUGAGCCCAAAAGAGGCAGGAACUGAGAGGAAGGAGAGAGGAUGAAGAGGUGUUUUAGAGUAAAGAGGUGGCCAGUUUUUAAAUGUUUCCAUUCUUGCUUUGAGUGUUUAUUUAAUCCUGCUGCUCUCUGUCGUCAGAGCGUUUCUGAAAAUCAAACAGCAAAAACAGAACCUGUUAAAAAGUCAUCCUGCUCGUGAUAGUCUUGGUUAAUGUAGAAAUACUGUAAAAUUUUCACUUCUACUUUUCACUGUUCAGUCAGGGACUAGUUUUUGUCACAGACACUCAUUUUUUCCUUGUGUAGGUGGGAUGGAGCACAGCCAGAGACUACUACACCUUCCUCUGGUCUCCUAUGCCUGAAAAUUAUGAACCAGGAAGCACUGUGCACAGGACUGUGGUGUUUCAAGGUACACACACUCUCUCUCUCCCACACACACACAUAUGCACACAUACACUUUUUCAACCACUGACUGUACAGGCCCAGGGUAUUCCGAAGUAACUCCUCCAUUUUACAGCGCAUAUAAAAACCAGCACUUUUAUUUAAUAAGGGAACACAACCACAAACUGCGGCCUGGGACCUGAGCACCUCUCAAACCACACACUCACACACACACGGGUUCAGGGCCUGCAAACUGGUUUUACUGGGCCUGAAACGGUCAGAUAUUACACAGUGAAAAUAUGAGAGCAUGCUGUGGUGUGUCAGUAGUCAGUAAAACCAGUCUGCUGCCGGAUGUUCUGUACUUACUCUUUGGGCCCAGAGAACCAGGCUUUACUUGUGAAUGAUGUGUGUGACCUUACAGGGCAGCUAUUGGCUUUCUCAAAUAUCAGCUUAUUCAAAUGACGUCUAAUCUGAGCAAACAGGAAAGACUCUUAGAAAUAAAUUCACUUCAAGUAUUUCUUAUGCAGUGCUUUCUUAUUUUUGAAUCAGAUCAGUUGAUAAUUAAAAACAGUUUUGACCAAAUCUACUCCAAAUGCCACCCGAUCAAAUCCAUAAAUUAUUCAGUGAACAUUUAAUGAAAUGAAAACCAUCAAGAUAAUUCACCACAGAACACAACUCUGUACUUUUUCCAGGUUAUUAUGUUCCCAAAUCUGACGGAGAGUUCUACCAGUUCUGCUAUGUCACACAUUCUGGUGACAUCAGAGGAGCCAGCACGCCAUUCCAGUUUAGAUGUGCCACGCCCACUGAGGAGCUGCUGACUGUUACUGAGGAUGACAGCAACUCAGACAUACUGGUCGUCACUACCAAGACCGGUUUGCUGGAGGUGGGGCACACAAAGUGAAAAUGUUCAUUCUCUAUUCCUAUGGGUCAGUGGAUGGCUUAAUGAGUGUCUGAUGCCACAGUAGUUCAAUUCACCACAACGCCGUUGACUCUAAAGGACAGGGUGUUGCUCUUUAUCCGGACUUAUAUAAGGCCUUUGACAUAAUUGAUCAUUCAAGUCUCUUACAGAUGAAAACUGACAUUGGGUUUUCUUCAAGGCCAGUUCAAUGCUUUGGAAAUAACCUGAGUAGAAAAAAGCAGUUGGUCAAAGUCAAGGGCUUAUAUUCUAUUUUUUAUUAAAUUUAAAAAAUGGUGUCCCUCAAGGAUCUAUACUGGGUCAUAUUUUAAUUAGAAUUGAUAUCAAUAAAUGAUGUAAAUAUGUUCCGGAUGAUGAGUUUUUUAUGCUUUAUAUAAACUUUGUCAACUUCCCUAUUCACCCUCACAUACUGUUCGGGUCAAAUUUGACCCAUUUUGACUUUUAACAACAGUAAAAAUACCCUAAACAUCAUUUUUUAAGCCUGAAACUUGAUGACUUUUCCUGAAGUUGCCCAAAAUACAUGAAAUUAAUUUAAAAAUAUUCAUGUGUAUUUUUGUAUAUGUGCUACAAAUUUGUCCCCUCUAAGGCUGCUACGGGUCAAAUUUGACCCGUAUCUAUAUUUAGAUGGAUUUUAGAUCUAGCAGUGUGGGACAAGUGACAAACAGUAACAACAAUGUUCAAUAUAAGGUUUGUUGUUCAAAAAUAUAUAUUCAAAUCAUUAUGAAACUAUCAUUACCUUGACAGAAACACACACACACACUCACGCACACAGACAUACAGUCACACAGACACACCUAGACAGAGGUCAAAAUGACCUAACUUGUCAAGAGAACUUUCUGUGACAGAAAGCUGCUCUUUGAACUCUUUGAAGGGGCAAUUUUGACCUGGAACAUACUGUGAGGGUACAGGAUUUGAACAGUAUGUGAGGGUUAAGAUGAAUGAAUGAUGUACAAGCUGCUCUCAACAUUGUCCAGAUGAAUCUUUAUAAAUUCAGGCUAGUUCUGGUCUAAGACAGUAAAAAAUGAUCAUCAAGUUCUUAUUUUUUAAGUGAGAUGAUUCAAUGUGCCUCAGUUUAUUAGUUUUAUUAUUAUCUAUUCCGACCCAAAAUUCCUUGAAAGCAAAGCCCUCGUUUACAAUGAUGUUGUUGAGCAUAUGAGAGAAAUACAUGAGAUUCCUCACAAUGUUACACACACGGGAUGUAACAUGCAGCAUGCCAGUAAGUCUUUGGGUUUUGCAUGCGUCACUGUGUUCUUAUGGGAAAGUAGACUUGUCUUGUUUGUACAACAGAAGACCCAAACAUUUGUAUAUCAUAAUUAAUGAAAAGGUCAUGCUGCCUUUCUAUUAAUGCUUUUUACUGAUCUUGUCAUAGGCUUUAACCUUCGAUCUCAUGGACCAACUCUGAAUAUCAUUCCUCUGACUCACUCUAUCUUUGGUUACAGUCCUUUAAAUGUUUUUUCUCCCUCAUUGUGGACUGAGCUGCGAGGUCACCUAAGUACAGAUCAUUUUAUUUGUCUGGAGGACUGUAAAACUAGGACUAAGGAUCGUUGGACCAGUGAAUGGACAUGUUUACUGCGGAACAGGGAUAGUCUAUUGAUGACAGUAAUGAUUACUUGUUAUCGUCUGUUGUUUGUCUUGUUCUGUGAUUGAAACUUUGUAAGCUGCCGUCUUGGCCAGGAAUUCACAAAGAAUAUUCUUGGUUGAAUAAAAAAAUGUUAAAAUAAAAAACAUGGAUAUGACCUGCCAAAUUACUGUGAAUAGUGAAAAUAGAUAGUCUGUUGAAGUGCUAAACAACCAUAGAAACAAUGGAUAAUAUAUUUCAAAGCAUGAAGGAUUCUCAUGUGCAUCACAGAACUCAUUUCAGUGUUUUCAAAAUGACGCCAACUGCCUUCAAAGGACAAAACUAAGUGCCUUUAACACUAAAAAUUCUCCUGGUAGCAGGAGCCAUUCUCACCUUCUCUCUCUUUUUUACUCUCCCCUCUUUACCUCCUUCCUGGCAGCAUGUGGAGGAGGCACAGCAGGAGCGCAGGGAGCUGCUGAAGGCCAUGCGAGUCCUCCAGGAUGAGAAACAGCAGCUGCAGGAGGAGCAGAAACGACUGGCCAGGGAGAGGGAGCAGGAGAGGGAGACGUGCUGCCUGCUGCGGACGCACAACCAGGUCAGAGAGGGGGAAUACUCUGAGAAAGAAGUAUGAUAUGAUUGAGUGCUACCGAACUUUGUCUUUAAACUUUUUGAGCUUUUUGUCUCAUGUGAAAAAGUGAAAGUCACAACACCACCACAGCUGGAGACACUUAUAAAAUAAGAUUACUUCACUGGUCCUAAUAAAAAGCAUCGCAGCAUUUCAGCAACUGGCCAUCUCCAGCAAAUCUACCACAGAAGAUCUAACUAUGAUUGUGCACAAUGUUUGUGAUUCAAUCAGAAGUGAAAAGAAAAUAUGUCGUUUCAAUGAUUCAGCAAAUGAAGAGGAAACCUGUUGCAAAGGAGCCGUAACAAAGCCAGAGGCUUUGGGAGAGUUCCAGUGUGUUUGCACAUGCAUUGUGUGUAUUGGGGGUCUGAGUGUGUGUGCAAAAACAGACAAUCCCUAUUUACACUUGUGUGUGGAGCCAGUUCCUCGCCACUGAUCACAGGUCUGAAAACUUCAAAGGCCCGAAUUUAUGAAUAAUCUCUGACCAUGUUUGAGAGACACACAAUGAGCCACUGCAUUUGUGUGUGUGUGUGUGAGUCUGUGCAUCUGUAAGGGUGUCUGUGUGUGCGCCAGUCUUUCUCUCCCUCUUUUAACGACCUGACUCAGUGGACCAGAACGGAAUUGGGAUGCAGUUUUCUUGGGCAUCUGGCGUCAGGGACGAUGCCAUCGCAACCACAGAGUGAACAAACAUGACGUCAAACGCACACAAACACACACUCGCACACGCACGCGCGUACACAAACACAAACCAAGUGCACCCCCCUUCGCUCUCACACUCACAUUCAGGUUCCACACCACAGGGCCUCUCUAAUAUGCAUUCACACAUGCACAUGCGCAAACACACACACACACCAACACACUCAUUAUGCCACCCGCUUGCAAACCCUUUUAGUCUGUGUGUGGAAUGAGAGGAGGGUAGUCCACAAAACCGCCCGCCUGAAAAAAAAAGAGCCCUGCCCAGCCUCAGGGACAAACACCACUCAGUCACGCGAUUCAGCGGCCACUUCUUUCUCACUGUUUAUUUUCUUCCUGUCUCUCGAUCUGUUUGUCCCGCUCACUCUCUGUCGAAGUUUUUGUGCCGUCGUUAGUUUCUGGGAUUUAGACUCUUUUAAAUAAAGACAAAGCGAGGCAGGAAACAAUGCAAAAGAAAAGGAAAUCAGAACCACACAAAUUUAAAAAAAAGGGUAGAGAAAAACUCUUUCAACUUCCUCGACAUUCCCUCCCCCACUCACUCCCUCACUCACCAUGAUGAGUCAGAUUUCAUAUAUUGCUAUUUUAUGACCUACUCAUUUGAUAAGCAGUUACUUGGCACACACAACUCGGAGCAGUCAGCUCAAGGAAACUCAAUGAGAGCAGAGGGGUGAGGAGGGGGGGAGAGGUGAAACUUUCCAAGAGCUCUUUUAGUUUGAAUCCAGUCUCAUAUCGCCCCCUAGUGCUGCUCUGUGGCAUGGCCUCAGAGUAAAGAGCAGGCUGCUUUCAGUUAGUCCGCUUCUCUUUUUACGAAGGACAAAGUCACCAUAAAUUACGUGGUAAUACACACACGCACACACACUGUUAUUACCGUGCUGCUUUUCAUUCAACAGGCAUGUCUGCGUGUAGAUAUACGACUUGAGUGAGUAGGUGUGUGUGUGUGUGUAUGUGUAUGUGUGUGUGAGUCUUUUGAAGAGCUUUUACAGUAGGUGUGUUAGCUCAGGCCAUGCUGAUGAAAAUAUCCCCAGUUUAACAUGAAAACAUAAGUACAUAUUUUGCGGCUGCUAAUUUUACGACUACACUUUUUAUAAGGUCUUUAUGCACUGCUAAAGUGCUUCCCAAAUGCCAGCCGUAAAAAUCAUACAGUAAUCUGCACAGAGCUGAGCCCAGAGGGGAACGGGCCGGAGAACGCACCGCUGCCUGCAUGUGCACUCCACGCUAUCUAUCCGUCUGUCUCCAAUCCGUCCUUGACUGUGCAACCGUUUGAGGGAGCGUGCAUAAAGAGAAAGGAGGAGGGUGUGUGCUGAGGUAUGUUGUUCUGUCAUAAGCGAUAUUAGCUAUGGGUGAUUUAAUGUCCUUCACUGCUGAAUGGCAGCAAGUUCAAACAAGGCAUUUCCUCAGUCACCCCACCACAUGGAGAAAACAGACCUCAUAUGAUCUGUCAGGCACUUGGGAGAAGUUUGUGUCCUCUAGUGCAACAUGAGAUAAAACCACACGUAUUCACCACAAACUGCUACUGUUUUUCUGACUUUGAGCAGUUCAGUUACUUUGGAUCCUGAAUAUGUCUUUUGUGUCCACCAAAGGGCUCGAAGGAGGAAUGAUUUACAAUGACUGUUUUGUGAGUGAUGGGGAGAUAAGACAAGUAGUGAUUCCCUGAGGGUGAAUUCAUAAGUUACACCUGCAGUGUAAACAGACUGUGGAGAUGGGAGACGGGGAAAAAAAUAGUUUCUUUUUAAAGGGAUAUAUUUUUAGAAACGAUUUUUUAGAAACUGCCUUGAAGACACAAUUUUGAUUUAUAACAUAUCAUAAAAAAAUAUCCGAUAAGGUUUUAGAAUAACUAUUAUUUACUGAGUAUGACAGUGAAUGAAAAGAGUUUUACGAAAGUAGAAUUGUAAAAGGCUUUUCAGUGAAAGUAUGGUUUAGAAAAAAAGUCUCAAAGAGAUCACUGAUUCUCCAGACUGAGUGUCCUCGGGCAGAUCAUUCCAGAGCAACAUGUGAAAAAAAAUUAGUUCCAAAGUUCAUAUCGGAACAGGUUUCAAUAGAAAUCACAGUCACAGUGUCAGGAUUUUGGGGGUUUCUUUAGAGGACUACUUCUCUUUCACUAUGAUGCGACUAUGUUAAGAUACGAAUGAUUUAUGAACUGUCCAUUACAACAUUUCAAAAGUACUUUAUAUACAACUUGACAGUUACGCAUCCCAUUAAAAAUCACCAUCUGUUAACUAUAACAAGUAUUGCAUCAUCUCCUCGAGUUUUCACGCACUACUCCAUUCUUUGGUUUCCUGACUCAGCCGCUGUGAUUGGCUGCAGCAUCCAUCACUCUGAUCCACAGCUGCCUCUCUGUCCCUCAGGAGCUGCUGCGUUCAUCGCAGGGCCUGUCAGAGGAGCGGGAGGAGGUUAGGAGGAGGCUGACCGAGGCCACAGACCGGGUCCGUCAGCUGGAGGAGGACCUGCUGGGAGUCACUCAGAGAGGCCUGCAGAAGGAGACGGAGCUGGACUGGUGAGUUUGGAAUAAAGAGAAGAGGUUUUAAAAUGAUGUUUUUAAGAGGAUUUAGUCAUCAGCUGUGUGCUUCCUGACCAUCAUGAUGUAACUUGUCUGCACAAAUAAGAGCACAUCAACAAACAGCAGCCUAUUGACGGGCAGGUAGCACUUUUAAUUUUCUGUGCUAUAUUCAUUAUUACCACCUCUGAUGGAAGCAUCCUGGUCUUCUGGCCAGAUUCAGUCGGUCACAGUCAGAACACCAGGGAUUAAAGUUCUCCGUCUCUAGAUGGAUUUCUGUCAGAUGAAAAAAAGAGGGGGGAAAAAAGUUGCACAUACAUUUUUUGUGAUUCAGUCUUGAAUAUCCAAUUAAAUCAUGACGCUGCUGUAAACCAAUAAAGCCAGCCAGAGCUUUGGUGUUAGCCAGUCAGAAACAGAGGAGGGCGGGUUCACCACUGACCCCCAGGGAAGGACCUGAAGUAACUUGUCAGACCUCCGCCGACGUGGGCUCCAGCAUCAUGAUCAGUUGCCCGCUGAAGGUUCUCUCAGCCAUUUCGAUCUGGUGUAAUAAAUAAUAAAUAAAUAUGAACGGGUCCACUGGUAUGACCACUGGUAUGGACAAAGUAAUUGAAAAAAAAAUAUUCAAAAAUUUGAAAAAGCACCCCUCCUCAGCUGGCUGGUAGGGAAGUGGUGUUAGUGCCUCUCCCUGCAGUAGAAAAGGUGCCAUUCUUAAAGUGUGGAGCAGCCUAUUGCAGGGGAAUAUGAACUGGCCCCAAUAAAAUUUCAGUCAAUUUUUUUUGCUUUAAUCCCUGCAGUACACACACUUGUAGACACACAGUCUUAUGUAAAAGCUCUGUUGAGGUUGUGCUCUUUGCCUCAAAAAGGUAGUGUAAGUGUCUGAACACUGAGCGUCAUGUAGCGCAUUAAAUCAGGUGAAAAGCUGUUCUCAUGAUUUUGUGCGACAGCCUGCGCGACCGUCUGAAAAAGCUGACGGCAGAGAGAGACAACCUGGAGAGCCAGCUGAAGAACGAGAAGGAUGAGAGAGAUCUCUACAAGGUGAGGAAAAAAGCAUUUUACCAUGUUACGUCUGCAUAAGUGGAAACAUGCAUUUUCACAAAGAUAUUCUAUCUGUCGUCUGACCUUUAUAUUUUUUCUAUGUGCUGUAGGCCCACCUGCGCAGCACGGAGCUGGAGAACACGAAGCUGAGUGCAGAGCUGCAGAUGCUGAAGGCGGUGGAGCUAAACCGGGAGGUGACCAUCGCCCAGUUUCAGGAAGAGCUGGAGAGGCUCCGAGCGUGUGUAGCCCAGAGGGACAGUUUGGAGAAAGAGCUGCUGGCACACAAGGCUGAUAAGGUUGUAGUGGUGUGAAAAGUUCCUGCCAGCAUCUACUAAACCAACAUAAACAGACAAGUCACCGACAGUUCGUCUAUCAUCCUGCGUGUUUGUAUAAUUAAUGAAUCUACUUGUUGUAUGUCUGUCUUCACGUCUCCAGGCAGAGCUGGCCCGUGUGCGUGAGCAGCUCCGUCAGGCGGAGGAGCAGCUCCAGGCGUCACGGCAGCAGGCUUCCCUGCUGGCUUCAGAGCUCCGUGACUCAGCCAGCGCCCGUGACCACACGAUGACUGAGCUGUACCGCGCCCGCCUGGAAGCUGACAAGCUCCGUGCUAGUCUGGCUGAUGCUCAGGCUGAGUGCCAACGUAUGGAGAGCCAGCUAGACCGCAUGAGGAGUACGGCGCAGAAGGAAGUGGUUAGUGUCUAAUUCCUAGAGUAUGUUUCUUCUAGUUUUACCUGUCCUGAACAAAGGCACAUAAAACGUUACUCAUGGGGGAAAUUUCACAUACUUUCCUUCUCUUUCAGGGUGUUGGGACAAACGGAGAGGUGAUGCCCAGCAUGAUGGUGGUGUCCGAGGCAGAGGCCGAGCUGCAGAGAGAGGUGGAGGAGCUGAAGCUGCGUUUGCACAUGGCCGCAGAGCACUACAAGGAGAAGUACCGGGAGUGUCAGCGCCUCCGCAGGCAGGUCGCCAAACUGAACACAAGUGAGGCACAAGGGGUGAGUACUGGGUAGAUAUGUUCAGCAAAAAGAAAUAGACAUGAGGGUCAACAUCUGUCCUGUACUUGUCGAUAAAUACUUAACACCCUUUGGAUUUUUGCAGGAGCCAAAGAGAAACGCGUCUACUGAAACAACACUGGAGCCAUUUACGCCAAGUCCAGAGUCACCAACAGCAGGUGCACACUCACACGCACGCGCACACGCACACGCACACGCACUCAAGGGCAAAAGCACAUUCUGCAAUCACAGGACAUUAUAAACAGUUAUUAGUGUUUUCUGUGUUACUCUCUUGUACAGACAAAACUCUUCUUCCCUCUUUGCUGAUACUUUUCCUCUCAUUGUUUAACAAACUAAUGUUCCAAAAUUACCGUAAAACCUGGACUAUAAGUCUCACCAGUAUGUAAGAUACAUUCAUCUUGGAGGGAUCACCCACAUGGGUGUUUCCAUCCACCCCUGCUGGUCCGUUUGUGUUUUAAAUCGAGUCGUUUAAAUCUAAGAAACGCUCCAUAAACUAUGUUUCCUUGACGGUAAACUACCCCUUUCUUUGAAUGCAUGAUUAUAACCCAAUGAGGGGAAAAGCUGUAAAAAAAAGUGGCACCAGUACCAGCCUGGUCUACAUUGUAAUGCAUCCCACUGGUAUGAUUUAUAGGACACAGUUAACAGUGCAUCUCAGACACCUACUUUUAAGGUACCUCAUUUCAUGGUAAGUGGAUGAGCCAGGGUGACUGAGGGUGAUCGGGACAAACCUACACAUUUAAAAGUACUCAGAGACUGAUUUCUAUUGCGGCUGUUAUAAUAAAAUUUUAAAAAAUUGCUGCUCAGUGGUGUCCUUUUUGUGCGUUUCUGACAGGAAACAUAGCUGCUGCAGUCCUACAAGGAGCUGCUGAGAUGUCGAUCACUCCAGAUCUAAGCGACAGGGAAUCCACACAUACUGAUUUAUACAACAGCACGGAGAGAGAAGAAAGUCAGACGGAGAAAAAGCAAAAGGACAGGGCUGAGUCAGAGGCUGAGGGAGAUUCAACCCGAGACGAGGACAGGCAGAAGGAAGAAAAAGAAAAAGAGGAGAACAAGGACAGCCUGCCGGAGGAGAGCCUGAGGAUGACCAGCUGGGUGGAGGUGGAGAACGAAAGGACAAGCACCAAAGAAGAACCAAACUGCGAGGCGGUGCAGAAGGCUGAAGAAGUGCAGGAUGUUGUGCAGGAGCAGGUGCUGCUAGAGGUGGAGGGGAGGAGCAUAGGGGAGGCAGAGAAGGAGCAGACCCAGUCAGUGGAGGAGGAGCUGGCGAUGAUGGAGGAGAAGUGGAGGGAGCAGUGUGCAAUCAAUGAAACGCUCAAACAACGGCUGGCUGACGAGGAGGAGCGAUUCAGAGUAAGAAGAACACUAACAGAGCGGACAGAAAGAGGACUAGAUUUUAGGAAAACCAGUUACUCCAAACCUCCACAUAUAUUCUUAAAAUAUCGGUUAUUAUAACUCAUGCUGUAGUGCUUUCCAGCAAAACCUGCUGAUCCCAUCACACUCACUAUUACACCAGUUUUUAGUGCAUCAGUCUGUUUUAUAAUUCCUGUGCUCUCCUUUUACAAGUCAGUUUUCCGCUCCAUUUAUUUUUAAUUGGACUAUCAUUGCAUGUCGUUUCAAACACAAAGCAUUUCCACUCCACUUGUGAGGUUGUAAUAGUGCAUGCUUUCAUUUUUAUAUAAAGAUUGAGCCCAUAAAAAUUUUACUACUUGUACUACUAGGCAGGAGAUGUACUUAAAAGUCACACAUUUACCUUAAAAACUGAUUUUUAUCAGAGGUGGAAAGUUACUUGUUACUUUUACUCAAUUCACUGUUAUUGAGAAGCUUUUUGUGGACUUCUAUUUAUUGAGUAGUUUUUAAAAUCAUUACUUCUACCUAAGCCUUUCUUGUGGAAAGCUCACUUUACACUGCAUCAGUUGCAGGAAUACUUAAAGGGAUAUUCUGGCAUACAUUGAAGUUAUGGUCAAACACACCGUAACACAGAGUUAGACACCCCCUCUAGAGAUGGAUGUUGCCGACUGCUUGCUUCUCUUGUUAUACCAAAUGUUUCUUUGGCAAAGAGACCAAAUACAACUCACCCCCUCUCCUCCAGCAGUCGCUUGUUUGUGGGGAAGCCCUGACAAGUUGAUCACUGAGUGCAGCGGAAAAUUCAUGAUUAUGACUUCAUGGAAAUGCAAUCAGACCGGGACGCUAAGGCGGAAGAACUACAGCAUCUGCAGUGCACAUACAAGAUACACAAGAACUCUGAGUAAUAAUCAUAAAUGUUCUUCCUUGAGCUGCGAAAACCCGCUGCACUCUGUGAUUGACCUGUCAGGGCUCCCCCACAAACAAGUGGCUGCUGGAGGAGAGUGGGUGAGUUGUGGUUAGUCUCUUUGCUAAAGAAACCAGGGAAAGCUUAAAAGAUGUUUGAUGGCUAGUACUAUGGCUGGGACCCUAUAUGUACUGUUGAUGAAGCUAGGUGCUGUUCUGAGCAUUAUUUGUGGCUAUAGAGUGGCAUUUUGGUUGAGGUUUGUGUGUUGAGACGUAGACCGCUGGGUACCGCUAUCCUGUGAUCGUUACUAAAGUUAGCAAAACUAGAGAAGCAAGCAGUCGGCAACAUUCAUCUCUCGAGGGGGUGUCUUACUUGGUGUUGCGGUGUGUUUGACCAUAACUUAUUUGCGCACUGGAAUAUCCCUUGAAAAGAGGUUGGAAUAAAAAGCUUCCCACUGACUGCAGGCUGUGUAAAAGAGAUCAUCCAGAGGACUGUUUACAAAACGAUGCACUCAAAGAAGGAUGCAACAAACAAUACUCAAUAAUAUUCAGUUACUUUAACCUGGAUAGGUGUUGUAAAUGCCCUCUCACAAUCACUGCUUUCUGCUUGUUGUACUUCAGGUAUUAGCUAAGUAUAUAAUACUUAUACAUGAUUUAGGGGCUAUAUUAGUCUCCAGCUUCCCUGACUCCCCCCCUCAGGUUAUAAGUAAGUACUCUAUACUUAAAGCUCAGGUGACAAGAUUGACAAUUUGGAAGUUGUUAUUUUGAAUGCUGGGAACCAGUGUGAGGGAGUUGGUGUCAGCUGAGCAACUGAGGACAGAGGCUUGUUUUACUAUUUUCAUGCAGAGUAUUCACAAUGAAUGAGAUUUUUUGUUGGAAUAUGAACCCAAGUGAAGACUGAUGUGACAGCAGGCGGCGCCAAAAUUGACAUAAACCUAAAGUUCCCUACUGGAGCUUUAAAAUACAUAAACUAUAAAGUACUGAAGUAGAUAUUUUAGACUGGUGGUCCUACUUCUUUUUAAGUAGAUUUUACCUGAGUGAAAUAUUUUAGUUUUCUUCUCACCCACGUUUUUAUGGACUCAGUGUUUGAUGAAGGUUAUCAAAAGGUCAGACUUUUAUAACUUUUAAAAAGAAGCCUUAAACUAUGAAGAAUUCUCAUUGUGGUAUUAUAUAUAGAAUGGUGACUUGUCUACUCUUCCAUGCUGCUGCAUCUACCAGGUUGUUCUAUACACAUUACCCAGUGUGUCCUCUAACGUGUGGUAUGUGUGUGUGUGUGUGUGUGCGUGAUUCAACACAAGCACUUAACCUUCUUGCGUCGGCGUGAGCCUGUUGCGUUUUGCGUGCGAAAGUACCGACCGGUAUUUAAUCUCUCUGAGUGAGUGAGUGUUUAUCGGCGCUGUAAAUAAAGCCCUCCCCUGUCUUUGAUAGAGUCUCCUGUCUGAGGCGAGCGCCCCGGGCUCACAGCCGCUCUUAAUGGCUCCUGAGACUGACAAGAGAGGCAGCCGCAGAGCAGCCAUGCUUUACGGCUGUUUACAUCAGCCACCCAGAGGAAGGAGCGAGGGAGGGGAAUAGACAGGGAGACGGGGAGAGGGAGCACAGAAAUCCACUGUUUCAGGAUCCCUUCACCUGAACUUAACCUCCUAAUGCUGCGCCGUAAAUUAAUGAAAGAGGGGGAGAGUGAGAGAGGAGGAAAGGAGAUGAAAGAGAAUAAAGAGGGAAGAAGCAAACAGAAUUUAAGAGUGAAGAAAGCAAGACAGACAGACAGACAUGAAGCAGAGAGAGGAACUAGCAGAGGAGGGGAUUCGGACCCUUUGUAAUGGGAUGAAAUGAGAGAGAAGAAGGCAGCUCGCCACGUAAACUAUCCCACAGGGUCAGCCCUGAUGGAAAGUGGUGGAUUUAUAACGAACCCCCAUUCUGCCUCAAACACGCACAGUAUCUGUGGCUUUACAUCGAGAACCACAGGUUUGACACCGCUCCAGGUUAAAUACAGCUCAACUGAACAAAUAUUUUGUUCCUUUGCUCGGCUGUGUGUGUAUGCCAACUGAUAUCUUUCUUAGUCUGCUCACACGAAGGACAUCGAACCUGAAAGCACAGAGGAGAAGAAAGACUUAGCUCGGAUAUCAACCCUGAGGUUCAAAAGUUAGAAAAGUCAUCUGCAUUUCUUCAAAUAGUUUUAUCGCACCUUUCACUCCUCCUUAUAUAGUUCUGAUGGUCUUUAAUUCUUUACAUCAACAGUGUAUUCAUUGAUAUUUCAGUUUUUGAUUAUGAAUUAGUAUAAACAGAGAAGAGAAAUAGUUGUGUUGCAUUACAGACACGGUAACAAAGGACAUUGUCUGUCAGUGUUUGUUUUAAUUGUUAUAAAACAGGAGUGUUAAUGGAGACAAAUGUAACAAUUAGCCAGUCAAAUUACAAACAAACUACUCAUAGGUUCCAUUGUCUUUCUUUCCUUUUGUCUUUUUUUUUUUUUUUUUUUUACCGAAUGUGAAAGUGAAUAUCUUCCUGACGAGGUGAACGACAGCCUGUUCCUCUCUAGUAAACUGUGAUAGACAUUUUUAUAAGCAUUUUAUUGGUUGUCUUAGUAGUAACUGUGGAGUUAAUCCUCAGUAAAUGAAUGAGGAGAUUGUAAGUUGCAGCUCCGGUUUGGUUUCACACAAUAGUCCUGUCUAUCAGGAACAAUGAGGAGAUCAGCCUGGGUAUUGACAUGAAUGUAAUCCCUUAAGCAGCUACACUAAUUACAAGUUGUGUUAUGAACCGCGCCCUGAUGUCUUUUUUGUCUAUAGGUUCAGAUGGCGGAGCGAGCCAGCGAGGUGACUGAGCUGAAACGUAACCUCGCCCAGGCGCUUCGAGACAAGGAGCAACUACAGGAGGUAAAGCAACAGCACCAUGAAAAUACCGUCUAUCUGUCAGUGCUUUACAUUGGAAACAGGACAAGUCAUGACAAAAGCAAAGGUUGUUUUGGAUACAUUUUGACUUUGAUAAGGCCACCUGUUGCGUCUCCCCCAGUAGGUCUGCUGGAUUUUACUUGAAGUCCAUAUGGGGAUCCUCACUUUCAAUUAUCUGAGCUUCAGCGAGGUGUAAAAACUCCUUCCCUUCUCCACACUCCCACUCCCCACUAAUUAAUACAUCUAUACUAGCUUCCUUCGCCCACUGAUACAGUGCCAUUAGACAGUGCAAAUGCCACGCGACGUGUCUGUUUCACCUUCCCAACCCUGGUUUAAAUGUUAAACCUGAUAGCUGCGCACUAAUGAAGUCUUUAAGGGAGGAGGUCAGGGGGGAGAAGCCAGAGGGAGAAGAGAGAGGGCGAGCGCCUCCAUCUGCAGAGCGAGAGCCAAAGGAGCCAAAGUCUGACACCCAUUACAGUAAUGAGUAGGGUACUAAUGCUUGUGCUUCAGGUAUAAUCACAAAGGGCAGAGACAAUGUAGAGGGAAACUUAACUCUGGGCUGGAAGUGCUAGAGAGAAAAAUGCUACGGAAAAAUCUCCAAGAUUCCUUUCACACAUUUAUUCUCAUCAAUCACUCUUUGGUCUUUUGCAUGUGCACACAACACAGAAUGUAUCAAACAAGGACGUAGUUUAAAUUAGGUAAACAGUUGAAAAAAUUGUAUAAAUCACAAUGUAUUGUAUCGCAAAACUCACUGUAUUGCAAAAUGUUAAAAAUCGCAAUAAUAUCAUAUCGCGGCCCAAGUAUCGUGAUAAUAUCAUAUCGUAUCGUGGCCCAAGUAUCGUGAUAAUAUCAUAUUGUGGCCCAAGUAUCGUGGUAAUAUCAUAUCGUAUCGUGGCCCAAGUAUCGUGAUAAUAUCGUAUCGUGGCCCAAGUAUCGUGAUAAUAUCGUAUCGUGGCCCAAGUAUAGUGAUAAUAUCUUAUCAUGGCCUAAGUAUCGUGAUAAUAUGGUAUUGUGGCCCAAGCAUCGUAUUAAUAUCAUAUUGUGGCCCAAGUAUUGUGAUAAUAUCGUAUUGCAGCCCAAGUAUCGUGAUAAUAUCGUACUGUGGCCCAAGUAUUGUGAUAAUAUCGUAAUGCGGCCCAAGUAUCAUGAUAAUAUCGUAUUGUGGCCUAAGUAUCAGGAUAAUAUCUUAUCAUGGCCCAAGUAUCGUGAUAAUAUCAUAUUGUGGCCCAAGUAUCACAAUAAUUUCUUAUCGUGGCCCCAGUAUCGUGACAAUAUUGUAUCCUGGGGCCACUAGUGAUUCCCACCCCUAGUAAAUGUGUCUGAUUCUGCUGUGAAUAUGAGCACUAAUGGGGUCUUCUUGGUUGUUGGAGCUGUCCACUGGUGGAUUCUUGAGGGACUGCAGAAGAAAUAGAAGUCAAUCUUGAUAAAAUGAAUAUGAAAAUAUAUUGAUCACCGAAUUCUUAGAGGGUAAAAAACUCCGACCUACUGAAAAAUACGUUCAGCAUCACAACAUUUCUCUUUUCCCGUCCAGGAGCUGCAGCGCUACGCAUGCAGGCAGAGAGAGCAGGAAGCCUGUGUUCAGGGUGCUGAGAUGAGGCAGCCAAUGGUGCUGCGGUACCCCCUGCCAUACCCUCAGGACCCCUCCCCUCCUCCCCUGGUGCCACAGAGGCCUGCUGAGCUGCAGUACGGAAAUCCUUACUCCACAGACACCACAAGAGGUGCAAGAAAUGACAACUUCUAUCAACAGUUCCCCCAGUUUUGACCUCUGAAGGUUUUCGUAGGACAGUAACAGCUUUUCUGUUUUUUUGUUUUUCUAGAACGGGCAGAUGCCGCCCCUUCUCCAGAGCACAUGUCCCGUCCUCCGCCUGAGGCCCCGUCCUGCGCUCCUCCCUGUGCACCUCCGAUCACACCUCCGAGUCCCAGUGCGGGUGCACCAGACUGGAACCAAGAGGUGGUCUGCAUCCAGCCUGCCCGUAGCACCACCCCCCCUGAAGGGCUGGAGCACCCAGCAGAGGAGGCGAGAAAUGUGAGCACUGGCAAGCAGGCUGCUGCUGAACAUAAACCCCAGACAGAGGUGACAUUUUAUUACAAGGCAGUAAUAAAAGACUCUUCUGAGCAGUUUGAGUAUCCGUGGGAAAUGGGUUUCACAUGCUUUAGAUUAUGUGCCGAUAAAACUUAAUUUCGUAAAGAAGACGUUUUUUGGUAAUCAAUCAGCGCGUCUCGAUCCGGGAACUUUCUCUUAGAAAUCUUUGUGUGAAGUUAACCCACAUUUUAUAAAAGCUCUCUCUCUCUCUCUUUCUUCCUCUCUCUGUUUCUCACUGGAGAUCUCUCCUCUUUGAAUAAUGCGCAUAUAGCUUGCCCUUAAAAGAUGAAUCUUUGAACUCAUUUGCAUAAUGCUCUAAUUAACGUCACUCCUUCAGAGCUCAAGAGAGAUGAGGAUAGCGAGAGCAAAGGGAGUAAUUAGGACAGAUUUUGCAAAGGGACAGACCUAAGAUCAGUCAGUAACACACACUCUCAUCUUAAAUACCUCACUUGUUUUGUCACUUCUUUAACAUAUUUAGCACUUUUUAGAGAAACAUCUUGGAAGACUGUUUAUCAGAGCCUAGAGUACUAUGAGCAUGUUCUGACCUUUUUUCACUUGUGUUUAUUUUUGGCGUUUCUUAGGCUGCUGACGGGGCCCAGCCAUCCUGUGACCACCAGGCCAGCAGACGCAGUGAAGCCAGGAGCAGCUUCUGUUUUGACUCUAGGUAGUGUGACAACCCGCAGUUAUAACGAUGAAUGUAGAUCAAACAGGCAUGAAGAUCAGGUGGUUUUACUGGAAAACACAUGACAUUACCACCAGGAAAGGUGACAUCAUUACUCUGAUUAGAGUAAAGAGAGGGAAGAAUGAGGGUACAAGUGUGUUUGUUUGCUUGUUUGUUUUUUGGCAAGUCAAUCACUGGUGAAGACAAACAAGAUCAUUGAGGGCUGAGUAUUGAAAACAGAGCAAUAGAGCUGACUUCACAGAGUAACAGUAACGGCGGUUUUAUAUUAAGGACAGCUCAAAGCCAGAUUUCUUUGUUGCUUGAUUUAAAUAUAUUACCUUACUGAAACACAUAAACAGAUGAUAUCAAAGCUUGGAGCUGCACUAAACAAACCUUUUGGGAUGUCUACCUCAGGCCUCAUGACAGAAAAGAAAAAACAUCAUGGAAAACAUCAAGGAGUCUUCUGCUUUUGUUCAUACUUUAAAAACCAAUUGUAAGUGUAGAUGUUUCACAUCAGUCUAAUCCGUCAUCAGAUGGGACUAAAGGGCGCUCUGACUGGCUAAUUCAAAAGUCACAUGAGAAUUCAACGAGAACAGUAUGAGAUUUGCCCAAAUCAUGACAUCACCAGAAAAUCUUCUUAAAGGGUAUAUUUGUAAUUUUAUGCUGCGUUCCGGUUACCUAGGAUGUCGGAGCUGGGAAUAACUUUACACCUGAGUUGACGGCGUUCAAGUUACCAAGUCGGAAAACCAAGAUGGACGCCAACUGUUAGCCAUUAGUUGUUGUUUCCAGUUGUCAGCUGUUGUCAGUUGUAAGCGGUUGUCAGCUGUUGUUCGAUGUUGUUGUUAGCUAUACUAGUUGGAAACAACGCACAACACCGUAUUUUACUCUUACAAACACCAUAGUACUGUGUUCACAGUUAGACGUUGGGCAGUACAACAUAUACCACUUAUUUAAUUUCACUAAAAGAAAACAGAAGUGCCAAUAAAUAUUACAUUACAAAUACAUUACAUUACAAAAUUACUUUCAAUGUUCCCCUUUACUGAUGAUGCACUGCGCUGCCAUCUUGGAUUAUGACGUUGUCGUUAAGACGGGGUUGGUGAGGAUUGUCCGACUUUCUGAGUGGGAAAUCCGACUUCAGGGGAGCCUUCCAGAUGAAUUUCCAAUUAGGAGCUCGGAAAUUCCGACUUCCAAGUACAACUGGAAUGCAGUAUUAUCAAAAGAAACACCAGUGUGUUGCUUGGCAACAGGGAAGGAGGCUUCCAGAAUGUUGGGCUCUGAAAUGCUGAGUUGUGGAAGUCUGCGGGAGGGGUCUUUUUGCUAUUGUGAAAUCUUCAUAGCAAGCAUAUAGUAUAUAUUAUAUGAUAUUGUAUGGUAUUAUAUGCUAUUGAAUUAUGUCAUACUGGACAUUAUCAUAUUAAAUUUUAAUAUAUGGUAUCAUAUCCUAUUGUAUUCUGUCACAGUGUAGUGCUUACAUAUGAAUAUAGCACAGGUAUUUAUAAUAAGCAAGGUAAAUAUGAUUUAACAAAAAAGAUACAAACAACCAUAAAAACACAGAUUAUGAAAGUGAACUUGACACAUCGACUUUCCGCUUGACCUCUCCAGGGGUGAUGUCCACAAGCGCUGCCCAUUAUGUGAGGUGAUCUUCCCGCCGCACUUUGAGCAGCGCAGCUUCGAGCAGCACGUGGAGAGCCACUGGAAAGUCUGCCCCGUCUGCUCCGAGCAGUUCCCCCUCAACUGUCAGCAGCAGCUCUUCGAGAGACACGUCCUCACGCACUUUGACGGCCACGUGCUCAACUUCGAGCAGAUUGAAUGAAGGAUGCAGGAGGAGAGGCGCUGAUUUUGGAUAUGAGUAAAUGUGUGUUGUCAGCUUUAGUUUAUUCUGACUGGGGUUUGGUUAAGUUGUCUCGUUCAAAUACAAUCAUUAGCACUUUUUUGCAAUCUUAACACAGGUUAGAAAGAAUGUAGUCAACUUAAGAGAUGAAGAGUUUGUUGUUGGGUGGUAACUCCACCAAGAUUAGCCAUCACUUUAAAUCACACUGGGUCGAAGGAUCACUAACACUCUGGUAUAGUGCCAUGGUCCUUUACUUUUGUAUUAUUUCUAUGCUGCCUCAACAGGGUAACAUAAAACUGGUAGUGCAUGCAUUUAUUCUGCCAUUAACACUGAAAAAUGAAAGCUAAGAGUGAGUUCUAGCAGAAACUUGAACCAGGUUUAAAGAAGUCCAUGUAAAAGUCUCUGUUUUUAUGGAACACAGAGAAGUGCUGAACAAAGAGUUCAAUUCUCUUGUGAUAAAGCAGCCUUUUUAAAAGCGUUCCCAUAAUUCAGAGGCAAAACCGAUCAGAAAAUGAUGUUUCAAAGUGUACGUGCAGAGUGAGGUCUGAAUAAGUGAUGUCUUAAAGAUGAAGAUGAGUGUGUACGUUUUAUCAAAGAUGGAGAUUUUAUUGACUUGAAUGGGAGGAAUCUGAUUCCUCCUCUAACCACGGUACUGCUGUACUUAUGAUAGUGAGUGAGUGUUUAUCAAAGAAAUCAGAAGGUUGAAACAACAACAGCACUAUGUUUUCAUGUAACUGCACUAAAAAAGGCUUUAUUCUGAAUGUACUGUACAUAUGAAAAUAAGUAUAAAGUGUUGAGCGACUUGAUGUGACCCUCCUUUUUCCCCCCAAUGUUACUACCUUCAUGUUUUAGUGAUGAAAGAGUGACGGUGAAGUUACGUUUCACUUCUUUGGUUUUUUUACUUUAUCAGAGAAGUACUUCAACAAGUUUCAGGCAAAAAAAUACUGCAGGACACCAAGUUUAAAAAUUGUAAAAAAUCUAAUUGUGAAGACAACUUCAUUCUGUGCAGGUUCAUGUCAUGAGUGGGUGUCAUUUGUGUUCACAGGGCUUCAUUACACAGCUUUCUAUUUCCUGUCAUUCCAGAGUGACUCCUGACAGUGUUGUAUUCAGGCUUUAAAAACUUGCACAUGCCCAGUAACCACAAAGGCAAUCGUGUUUGUACGUCAUGUGUCCGACGCAGCCCUUUUCAUUUGAGAGGAAGGUGAAAAAUGUGUGCGCUGCAAAUAUCUUUAUGAAUAAAGUCGGCUUGUCGAAAUCCAU